ACAGACCACAGAUAACGGCUCCGUAAAAUAUCCCAUCUCGUCUUUCUUCGCUCACUUGGUUUAUCCAAACAGAAAACGACAAAAUGGUGGAUACUGACAACCACUAUGACACAGAACCACAAAUGGUUCGUGCCGAAUCGAACGUCAGCGAGCACUUGGGGCAUAAAGAAUAUCAAGAAAAAGAUUACAUGGAAGAAGCCGUCAGUUAUGACAAAGAUCACGACGAUGAAGAAGACAAUUCCCCCAUCGAAGAAGUUGCUGCCGUUGUACCAAACACGGAUGAUCCCACUAUUCCUGUUUACACCUUCCGAGUCUUCUCGCUCGGCAUCGUCUUUACCGCUCUUCUCGGUUUCAUUAACCAGUUCUUCUGGUACCGUGCUAUGGCCCUUAUGUUGUCACCUCUUAUUGUACAGUUGGUUUCCUUCCCCAUCGCAAAGCUUAUGGAAAAGGUCAUUCCCCGAUCAAGAUUCUGGAAUCCUGGUCCGUUCUCCAUGAAGGAGCACGUUUUGAUUACCGUUAUGGCUAACUGUGCCUACAACACCGCCUAUGCCAUGGAUGUCAUCACUGUACAAAUUCUUUGGUACAAGCAAGACAUUGGCUGGGGUGGUGGUUUCCUCCUUGUCAUGACCACUCAAUUGCUUGGUUAUGGUAUGGCUGGUGUCCUUCGUCCAUACCUCGUCUAUCCUUCCGCCAUGGUCUGGCCUGCCAACUUGGUCAAUGUAUCACUUUUCCGCUCUCUUCACAUCACAGAAGAAAACUGGACUGGUCCUACUCGUCUGAAGUGGUUCGGAAUGGUCUUUGGCUGCAUGUUCGUCUACUACUGGCUUCCAGGAUACUUCUUCCCUGUUUUGACAUACUUCUCUUGGGUUUGCUGGAUCAAGCCUGAUAACCUUGUCCUCUCUCAACUUACCAGUGGUUACAAUGGUUUGGGUAUGCUCGCUCUUUCAUUCGAUUGGGCCACCAUCACCUCUUACCUUCUCUCUCCUCUUAUUGUUCCUUUCUGGGCUAUUGCCAACAUUGCUGUUGGUUUUGCUGUCGUCGCAUGGGUCCUCGUCCCCAUCUUGUACUAUAGCAAUGUCUGGGAUGCCAAGACAUUCCCAAUUGUUUCUUCCUCGUUGUACACUGCCACUGGUGAAGUUUGGAACAACACUAUGGUCCUCAAUGCCGAUAACACUUUGAAUGAGGAAGCCUAUGCUGAAUACGGUCCUGCUCGUCUCUCUGUCCUCUUUGCCUUCACCUACGGUAUCAUGUUUGCUGGUCUUACUUCCGUCUUGACCCACACUGUUCUUUACCACGGAAAGGAAAUUGUCCGUCAAUUCAAGCGAUCAAGAACUGACGACGAAGAUAUCCACAUGAAGCUGAUGCGCGCUUACCCUGAAGUUCCCAGCUGGUGGUACUAUUCUAUCUUCAUCGUCACCAUCGGUAUCUCCUUCGGUGUCAUCUAUGCCUGGCCCAUUACCCUCCCAUGGUGGGGUCUUAUCCUCUCCAUCGCUUUGUCUGCUAUCUUCAUUCUUCCUAUUGGUAUCAUUUCUGCCAUUACCAAUCAGACUCCUGGUUUGAACGUUAUCACCGAAUUCAUCAUUGGUUUCGCUCUUCCUGGUCACCCAAUUGCCAACGUUACCUUCAAGACCUACGGUUACAUUUCCAUGGUUCAAGGUCUGACCUUCGUGUCUGAUCUUAAGCUUGGCCAUUACACCAAGAUUCCUCCUAGAGCUAUGUUCAUCGUUCAAAUCAUCGGUACUUUCGUUGGUGGAAUUAUCAAUCUUGCCACUGGUAAAUGGUUGAUGGCCACCGUUCCCAAUAUCUGUACUACUGCCGCAUAUCCCUUCACCUGCCCUUCAGCUCAUACUUUCUACUCUGCCUCCAUCAUCUGGGGUGCUAUUGGACCUCAUAAGUUGUUCGCUGGUGACUCUCCAUACAGCAGCAUGUUGUACUUCUUCCUUAUCGGUGCCGUCCUUCCUAUUCCAUUCUACUUCUUGUCCAAGAGAUAUCCCAACUCAUGGGUCAAGUAUGUCCAUAUUCCUUUGAUCUUCAACGCCACCGGUAUGAUGCCUCCUGCUGUACCCUUGAACUUCUCCAUGUGGUGCGCUGGUGGUUUCGUCUUCAUGUACUGGAUCCGCAAGUACAGACAUGAAUGGUGGACCAAGUAUAACUAUGUCACCUCUGCCGCUUUGGAUUCCGGUGUCGCCAUUGCUGGUGUCAUCAUUUUCGGUGUCACCUCAGGCUCUGACUGGUUCCCUGACUGGUGGGGCUACGGUGGCGUUGGCGGUGCCUUCGACAACUGCCCUCUUGGAGGAGCCAAUUUCUCCGGCAUCACCCCAUAAGUUGAUACUUUUUACUUGUUAUUAGUAUUUAUGUAGCUUAAGAUAUCUAGCAUUAUUCCGUAAUAAAAACCUAAGGAACAUCCCAAACAAUAAUCCAAUGUGCACGUGCCUCACCAUUGUAUUCAAAAAG